AUGGCGCUUGACCAGAAUGACGCCUUCAGAGAGUUACAAUUCAAUGGGCAGCCAUCAGGUUAUCGUGACUUCAGGCGAAAGGUGAUUCUGAGUGUAGCUGGGUUGGAAGACAAACAUGCCUAUUUAGCUGGGCCACGUCUUUUGUCCAGGCUCUCUGGUGAAGCUUGGAGAGCAACAGAACAUUUGAGCGUUGGGUCACUCAGACAGUCUGAUGCAUGGUUGAAGGUCAUCAGAGCCUUGGAUGACCACUACAAAUAUCUGCCAGAAACUGAAUUGCAUGAUGCGAUCGAAGAGUUCCUCUUCAUGCUCAAGCGCCGACCAAAUGAGGGUGCGACUUCUUUUUCAUCUAGGUUCCAAACACAGCUUGACAGGGUUCAGACUUUGAUAGCACAGGAACGAGAUGCAACUAGGAAGAAGCGCAAGAGAAAACAUGGCAAGUCAUCAAGACCUCCGUCACCUGAUGAUGAGCCAAGCAGCCUUGAAGAAACUGACCGAGACAUAGAUCCUAAGGAACAUGAUCCUCAGGCCGAAGCAGAACGAGCCUCUUCUAGUGAGCCACAAGCCUUUGAUCCGUUUGCAGAGGAGCCGAAAACGGCCAGUGAAAAGCCUGAGAGCGAAGCCAGGCCACCGUCCAUGCCUGGACAUGCUGCAACAGACCCGGUGAGAUCAAAGCCUCCAUCGACGUUGCGUGGAGGUGGUUCAAAGAAGUCGAAGGCAUCAGCCAGAGGUUCCUUCAAGGAGGAUCAUGCCUACAGUCAGAAAAAGAUGCAACAAAUGUUGGGUACUCUGGAAGUUGGACACACAAAGCCAACACCUAUUUUUCCACAGAGUGUGCUGGGACACUUGUAUAUGAGGAAGUAUGGAUUGUCGCGAGAACAGCGAGCACAGAUCAUCAGGUCCACCAACGGAUCUUCUCGAUUUCUGGAUGUGGAGCGCAUCAUGAAAGCCUCUGACCUGCUGGAAGACCGUAGACAGCAUGACAAAAGUCAGCACAAGCCACAGCGCCGUGAGACCUAUGCGGUGCAACAUGACAGCCAUCAAAUUCUUGUAGCUGAUGAUGAUGAAUCUUCUGAUUUGAUGGACGCUGAUGAUGCCGAAGGGCCUGAUGAUGAUUCAAACGAUGAGGCGCAGGAGAUUCUUGAACUGCACAAGAAAUCGAAAGAGAAGUUCAAGAAGGCCUUCAGAAACUACAAGGACACCAAAAAGAAGGUUCGUGAGAUCAAGAAGAGCAGGCAACAAUCAUACUAUCCAGUGGUAGCAUUGAACCAGCCAGCAGGUGACAGCCAAUCUGCCGCAUCGACACAGGUGCCUCUCAAGCAGCCCUUCAAGUAUGACAAGAAGAGUUCAAGUUCUGCCAAGGGUUCUGGAAAGAGGAAACCAGAGUCAUCCACAAAGUAUCGAAAAGAAGAAGCAAAUCUUACCGAAACUGUGUUGCAAACUUCCUUCAACUAUAUGGUUUCAGCAUCUGGGGAAAACGGAACUGAAGUGAUGAGUGAAGAGAUUCUGUUAGCAAGUAUUCCCAACGGCUAUGCCAUCAUAGACACUGGUUGUACAACAUCAGUUAUUGGUCAAGAUUGUGCGGAUCGUUUGAUGAAGUUUUUGCAGGAACAUCAGAUGCCUCUGCCGGAACGGAAACAACUGCCUCCAGUGGAGCUCAAGGGUUUUUCUGGUGAAGCCACAACUACAACUGAGGGUUUGGUUUGGCACGUACAAGUGGGGAACAUUUAUGCUGGCGUUGCAAUGACUGUGAUUUGGAGGAUGAUGCGCCUCGCCAAUCGUUGUGCUGCAUCCGAGCAAGUGAAGCAGGCCAUAAAGAACUUCAAGUGCUCCGUUUGUGAUGAGUUGAGACCUCCUGCCAUAAACCGGAAGGUCACCAUGCCACAUGUUGAACAACCCAACAAAGUGGUAGGUCUUGAUUUUGUCCAAGUAGAAUUGAUUCGUGAUGAUGAGAACGGAGAGCAGGAGGAGCAGAAGUUCAACGUUUUGACCUGUGUUUGCAUGGCCACUGAUUUUUGUCAGCAAGUGGUCAUUCCUGAAGGAGCCGGUGCCUUGUCUCAAGCCUUCCAUGAAGCCUGGAUUAGACCAUAUGGUGCACCCGAAACCGUGUACAUGGAUCCAGCUUAUAUGACACUCUCUAAGGAAGACUUGAAGUUGCGAAUAGAGUUUUACGUGGAAUGGCUCAGCGCGUUUGGAGAUCAUCGUCAAGACCGCCAAAGGAAUCAUGGAGAAGAGCAUGUACCGGUAGGAACACUUCAUGAAGGUGAUGCCCCACCACUGGUUUCGCUUGAGCAGCCAUCAUCCAAGCGUCUCAAGACAGUGCCAGAGCAGCCUCAAGAGGAGAGAGCCGCGAGUGUUUCUUAUGAGCCGUCCAUAGCACCAUCCGUACUGGAUGAUGAAAUGCCAGACCAGGAGACAUUCGGUGAUCAGCCGUUGAACGCUGAUGAGAUUCCUCGAGCUGCAUCGUUGCUCCUCCGUGCCGUGAAGCAUGGUCAGGCGCAGCAUGUCCUUGGUUUUAUCAAAGAAGCUCCUGGAGCCAAGCCGUUUUGGGCUGGGUGCUAUCAUGUGAUGGAUGCAGCCCGUCCCUCAGGAUAUCAGGAUCCAAUGUCUAUGCCAUCUACGUCCAUGAAUGAUGCCUCGAAGCGUCGAGUCCCUGAUGACACCUUGUCUUGGGAGAAUGUGACUGAGAAUGGUGAGAGCCUGAGCGAUACAUCUUACAUUGCAUCGAUGCCUGAGACGGUGAACAUUCCUCCGCCGUGGACUGAUGGAAGCAAUCCAUUGCUUCAGGUGAUGAAAGAAAUCCAGGAAGAUGUGAAGAUUCCCAUCCCUUCCGACAUUGCCAGUGUCCACAAAUGGGGAGAAUGCAUCUGUGAAAUAGAGAAGUACCAGACGGCCGGGCUGAGCUACUAUGAGCUUGUGUUCAAGGCCAAGACCGAUUCAGACUGCAGGCAGCCAUCUUUAUCUCAAGGGGAGGUCGAGGUGAUUUUGAAGCAAGCAGGGAUCGAGGAGAACUCUCCGGAUGCCUUUCACGGUCGUGGCGGUAUCUCCAUGGUGGUGGCAGUUGCAGUCUUCUCAUCUCUGGCAGGUUUGCUGAUGGGUUUGGAUAUCGGAUACAUCGCGGGAGUCAAGACCAUGGAUUCCUUCUCUGAGGGUUUGCUUCAUGAGGAGAAGAUCAAAGACACCCAGGACAGUUUGAUCACCAUGAUCUUCGGAGUGGGUGCCGCAGUGGCGGCCUUUCCACCGGUCAUGGAUUGCUGCGUCUCGAAGCUGGGCCGGAAGGGCGCCGUGAUCUUCGGAGGCCUCGUCUUCUGCCUAGGGGCUGCACUGCAGGCUUUAGCGCCUCAGCCGAAGGAUCCGAAGGAUCCGAAGGCCAUCAACAUGGCAAUGAUGCUGUUGGGUCGCAUCAUCGCCGGCUUCUCAGUGGGUUUGCUGUCGGGCAACGCCCCGGUCUACACCAGCGAGAUCGCACCCCCUGCGUUGCGCGGCGCGCUGGUCACGGGGUUCCAGUUCGCCAUCACGGUGGGUAUCAUGAUCGCCUUUCUCCUAGCCUUGGUCUUGGAAGAUGUCGAGAAACCCUAUGGCGGAUGGCGAUGGGUCAUCGCGGCACAGCAGAUGGGCCGAGUUCAGAAGAUCGUCCCUGGCAUCAUGCUGGUGAUUGGCGGCCUCUUCAUGCCUGGCUCGCCUCGCUAUUUGGUACAACAAGGCACCUGGCCUGGGGCUAGGCUCCGUUGUUGCCCUAGAAAAAUUGGGUCGGAUCUGAUGGGAACAGCCAUGGUUGCCCGAUGCAAGCCUCGGCAGGCGCUGAGGUGUUUGUUGUUGCUGCGCAGCGAGGAUGUGCGUGAAGAGCUGGCGGAGAUUUGCCAAGAGCAUGAGAUGGACUCGACCACGAAGGGCACCUGGGUCGAGUUUUGCUCCGGCGACAACUGCGCCUUGGUGAAAAAAGCGGGUCGGCCGUUAGACGCGUCAAGAUGGUCCUUUGUGAAGGAACUCGUAGGUGUGGUCAACAUCUUCGCCACCAUCCCUGGACUUUUCUUGGUGGACAAGUGCGGCCGAACGGUGUUGAUGAAGUGGUCCGCCGUUGGUGCCACGGUGGAAAUUUUUGGGUUGACUGUGGUCUUGUUUUGUGGCGACGGCUUUCCAAGGAUCAAUUUUGGUACGCCGAUUCCAGAUCUGAUAUCGAUCGAGAUCCCGACGAUCGUAAACAUCAACAUCGCUGAGUUGAUGUUCACUUUCAUGCCAG